AGUUUUCAUUGCCAAGACAGCGCGAGAGAGAAGAUAUAUGAUCAUGAGCAAAGCAAUGGACAUGAAGGGUUUGUUUCACACGUUGAAGCCCUUCCUCGCUGUGCUGUUCUUGCAGUUCGGGCUGGCGGGGAUGGACAUCCUUUGCAAGGUUGCCCUAAACAAGGGCAUGAGUAGCUACGUGUUCAUCGUCUACCGCCACGCCGUCGCCACCAUCGUCAUUGUCCCUUUCGCCAUCGUCCUAGACAAGAAAACGAGGCCGAAAAUGACACUCCCCAUCUUCGUCAAACUGAUGGUGCUUAGCUUACUGGAGCCAGUCAUCGACCAGAACUUGUACUUUUUGGGGUUGAAGCACACGACGGCGACAUUUGCAGCAGCCAUGUGCAACAUUCUUCCGGCCAUCACCUUCGUCAUGGCUUGGAUCAUGCGGCUUGAGAAGAUUAAAGUGAAGAGCGUUCGGAGCCAAGCCAAGGUCCUUGGUACACUAGCAACGGUCGCCGGAGCCAUGACAAUGACGCUAAUCAAAGGCCCCGCUCUCGAACUAUUUUGGACAGGAGGAGGAGGGACGGCCUCCAGCAACAUCCCGAAUGGGAGUUCUCAUGGUGGGAUUAGCCUCAAGAACUCCAUCAAGGGUUCUCUCAUGAUCACUGUUGGAUGCUUCAGCUGGGCUUGCUUCAUGGUUCUCCAAGCGAUAACACUAGAAACAUAUCCCUCCGAGCUCUCUCUCACGGCUUGGGUAUGCUUUUUGGGGACAGCAGAGGGCGCCGUCGUGGCUCUAGUCAUGGAAAGAGGAAACGUCGCCGUUUGGUCCAUCCGGUGGGACACCAAUUUACUCGCCGCUGUCUACAGCGGAAUAAUGUGCUCGGGAGUGGCUUACUACAUUCAAGGUGUGGUCAUGAAAGACAGAGGGCCGGUUUUUGUCACAGCCUUUAGUCCUCUAGGCAUGGUGAUCGUCGCUGUUUUGAGUACCUUCAUCUUAGCUGAGCGGCUUUUCUUGGGAAGGGUUAUCGGCGCCGUCGUCAUCGUGGCCGGUUUAUACCUUGUUGUGUGGGGCAAAAGCAAGGACUACGCAUCUUCCUCUUCGCUGUUAGACAAGCAGAAAGCGUUGCCGACAAACUUGGAUGACCCCGGAGGCAACGGGAAGGAGAACUCUAGUCAUGAGAUAAUCAAGAUUAGUACGUGUAACGACAAAGGAACUCCGGAAACUAACGGAAAAUGAUCGGUCAUUCGUAGGUAUGACAUUUUGUAGCGACAUAAAGUAUACUAAUUAAGAAUAUUCGACCUGAUUAGUCGUGUUUUCGAUAAACAAUCUUUGCAAUUGUCAACGUUAUUCGAACCUUCGAAUUAUGUACAUACCAUGGUACCUCGAUGUUUUCACAGAAAGCAACGUGAAUCGGUGACUUCGACUCUUCACUUUUGAUUCUUCUUUUACAAGAUUUUAUGAUGCUUGCACUUUCAUUUUUAAAAUGGCAGAUUUUUUUUU